AUGACAAUUUCUCUUCAAUACGAGCACUCUCUUUCUUUGUUGGAUUUACGACACCUGCCUUUGGCGAACCUGAGUGUCCUGUUCGCUGCGCUCGCCCUCUUUCAAUGGACAAACAAGAAGCGAAGGCAACUCCCCCUACCUCCUGGACCUCCUGGCUUACCUUUACUUGGCAAUAUUUUCGAUAUUCCCAAAGUGAACUACUGGGAGAGAUAUCUCGCAUGGUCAUACCAAUACGGCUCGGAUCUCAUUCACCUUAACAUUCUUGGAUCCCCUGCGAUAGUUAUAAACACGUACAAGGCUGCUAACGAGCUCCUCAAUGGGCGCUCUUUGACAUAUGCUUCCAGGCCUGCUAUGCCGAUGAUGAAUGACUUCACAGGUUUUAGUUGGCAUGUGGCGUUUAUGCCUUAUGGUAAUAAGUGGAGGGAGCAUCGAAAAUUUCUUCAUCGUUAUUUCCAGACCUCUGAGCAGCUCAAAUAUCGAUCUCCGUCCGUGUCAGUCAGUAGACGGCUUCUCCAGAAUCUCUUGAACGAACCCAGAAACUUCGUCAGUCACCUCCGCUUGUUGAGCGGCAGCCUGAUUCUAUCGAUAUCGUACGGAAUCGAUGUUAAGGACAGUCGGGAUCCCCAUAUUGUCCGUGCAGAGAAAGGGAUGAGUGCAAUGGCGCAGGCUGGACAUGGGUAUCUCGUGGAUUUCAUUCCCUCGCUCAAAUAUCUCCCUUCGUGGUUCCCUGGCGCUUAUUUCAAAGUCGAGUCCAGAGAGUGGAAUAAGUCCGUGACGAACAUGGCCGUCGUGCCAUUUGAACUGGUUAAAUCCUGGAUUAGUCAAGGAACAGCUCGCCCUUCCAUCGCUCGAGAUUUGCUCAGCGACGACGCAGCUGUGUCGGAGGACGCAGAGGUUAUUAGAAACAUUCUGGCCGCGGCGUACGCUGCUGGGUCAGACACGACUGUUUCUUCGAUAACGGCCUUCAUUCUCGCCAUGACAAUGUAUCCCGACGUUCAACUCAAGGGGCAAGCUGCUGUCGACCGAGUUCUUGGUGGCCGUCGCCUUCCGGAUUUCUCGGACUACGGAACAAUCCCGUAUGUAGACGCCUUGGUCAAAGAAGUGCUCCGGUGGUUGCCGGUGGUUCCUCUUGGCGUCCCAUAUUGCACCACGAAGGAUGAUGUCUACCAAGGGUAUCAUAUUCCUGAAGGGUCUACCAUAUACGUGAAUGCAUGGGCGAUGCUACGUGAAGAACAGACCUAUGGCACAGAGCCCUGUAUAUUCAAGCCAGAACGAUUCCUGGUAGACGGAGACGUCAAUAAACUGAACCCAAAUGUCAAAGAUCCCACUGAGGCAUUCGGAUUUGCGCGUCGCUUCUGUCCAGGAAUGACUACAGCGCGGGAAUCUAUGUGGAUUACUAUCGCCUCGAUUCUGGCCACCUUCAACAUCAAGCAAACCCUCGAUGGCGAUGGCAGCCCAAUAAUACCGUCAGGAGAGUGCUCAUCUGGUUUUAUAAGGUAA